UUGUUUACAUGUGACGUCACUUCCUGGUUGACGCUACUAGGAGGAAGAUCUCAAGAAAGCAACAGAAAGGACUGAAGAAGACAUGGCUGAACUGUCACUGUACCUCACAAACGUUAACGUGUCUCUGGGACAAACUAUGGACACAGAAAAGGGUUCUACGGUGGUGAAGGAGUUUGAAAAUGUGGAACUUGGAGAUCUUGGCAAAAAGAAGCCAAAGAUUCCUCGCAGAACAAUCUACUUUGCGUCUGGUGAAACCAUGGAAGAGUACAGUACAGAUGAAGAGGAGGAAGAAGAACCAGAGAAAGCAAAAACUUUAAGUACAGUGGAUACGUCAAAGUUGACCUGGGGUCCAUAUGUCUGGUUCCAUAUGUGGAGAGUGGCUACCUCAACCAUCUCAGUUUGUGACUAUCUUGGAGAAAAAAUGGCCUCACUGCUGGGAAUCACGACGCCAAAAUAUCAGUAUGCAAUUGAUGAGUACUACAGGAUGAAGAAGGAGGAGGAGGAAGAAGAGGAGGAGAACCGUCUCUCUGAGGAGGCAGAACGUCGUUUUGAGGAGCAGCACAAUCAGGAGGGCCAGCAGCCAAAGAUCGAGCAACCAGAAGGAACUGCCUCUUUUGUGAACGUGACCUUUGAACUGGAGCAGGAAUCACAUGCUACAUCUGAUGCUAAUAAAGUGCCUGCCCCCAUUCCCUCCUAAAAUACUGUUUAGUAGAUUGAGCAUAUUAGAUGGUUUUUACCAUAUUAACCUUAUAAGGUGUGCUAGGUUUCUUUUUUGGAGGAGAAGUUUACAUGAAGUUAAACAUGAAGGUAGCGUUGUUUAUGCAUAGCUGACAAUGGUUCUGCUUUUAAUGCAGAAUUAUUUGAAUAAUCAUUUUACAAGCCACACAUAAAACUAUGGAAGCUUAUUUCUGGCAUGGAAUUAAAAUAUAUAAUAAAUAAUACUUGCGAAUUUACCUCAAAUUCUGAAUUUUACAUCUUGCAGUUCUGUUUUUUUUUUUUUUAGACACCUAAACUGAAUUUAAAGAAAAAGAAAACCUCACAACUGCAAUAUAUAAACUCGCAAUUCUGAGAAAAAAGCCAGAAUUUUUAAUAUAAAAAGUCACAAUUAGCAACCAAUCAGAGGGCAGUUUAGCGAGACCUAAAUCUCUGCAUCAGAAAAUUGUGUAGACAUGGGACUUGGCUCUUUUGACUCGUGUUAGUAAGCAGGACUUCCAACAUGCUAUACAUGCCAGCAGUGAAUAGCUACAUGCUAAUAGUGAUUAGCCAUGUAUUAAAACAUUAUAAAAAUUCUAGCUAAUUGUUAAAAAAAAUAUAUAAAAAGACUAGUAACUGCCCAGUGGCGAGUUUUGCCACGGUAAGCACCACUCACAGUUUUUUCAAAAAAUUUACAUAUUUUUAAUUCUGUGGUGGAAAUAAUGUUCCAUAGUCACUACAACAAUUCAUUAUACAUUUUAAUAAGUAUAAACACCUCAAAAGCCUAAUCUAAACACUAUAACAACUGCAUGGACUACCAGUCUUUUACAAUGCUGUAAAAUGUGAGUGCUUAUAUUAGACAUUUCUAUGUUACUGGUGAUGCUAGGAGUUGUCGAAAGUAGAGUAAACUGUCAGAUGGGAAUAUUCCCUCUUUCUUAUGUCAGUGCUUUCAGAGCUGACAACAUUCAAGAAGUUAUUUUUGUAACCAAAUAUUCUUUUUAUGUGAACACAUUAUUUUUGGUGUGCAUGUAAAUGUGUGCUUUACCCAUGAGAUUUGAGUUCAAUUUGUCCACCCCUCUGACACACACAGAAAAAAAAGCAUUUCAUUUUGAAGAGUGUGUAAUUUAUUUGUUAUAAUAAUUUUGUAUUAUGUAGGUGAAAACACACCUACCUUUCUAUAAUGUAGGUGAAAAAAUACAGUUUGUUUUGUACAUAUUACUUAAUAAACAAUUCAAUAUACAAA